UAAACAUUAAAAAAAAUGGUGAAUCAAUUGAGGAUUGAAUUAGGUUAAAAAUGCAAUUGAGCUAGUUUAUGUUUCUGUGUCUCCGGAUUGACUCACACAUAUGAAUAAGAUUUUCACGUGUCAACUUAAGUUCCAUCACCACAUUACUCGCCGCUGCACCUCCCUAAACCUUGUUCGUAUAGCUUCUUUUCGAACUCAAUGCGCAAUCUCACUUCCUCUUGUUCCAUAAGAGCUUUCUCAUCUUCCCCACUUCUCCGCUCCAAUCAUCUUCCUUUUCUUCCUUCAUCUUCACCUUCCAGAAAAUCUACACCUUCAAUUCAAUGCGCCGUUCAGUUCCGCCCUUGCAUCGACAUUCACAAGGGGAAAGUGAAACAAAUUGUUGGGUCAACCCUUAAAGAUUUGAAAGGGGAUGAUGGGUCGGAUCCAAUUACCAAUUUCGAGUCUGAUAAAUCAGCAGCUGAGUAUGCCACACUUUACAAACAAGAUGGACUCAAAGGUGGUCAUGUUAUCAUGCUUGGUGCUGAUCCUUUCAGUAAAGCUGCUUCCCUUGAGGCAUUGCAUGCUUAUCCUGGCGGUCUGCAAGUUGGAGGGGGAAUAAAUUCUGACAAUUGUUUGAGUUACAUUGAGGAAGGAGCAAGCCAUGUCAUUGUGACAUCUUAUGUAUUCAACAAUGGACAAAUGGAUCUUGAAAGGCUUAAAGAUCUUGUUCGCAUUGUUGGAAAGGAGAGGCUUGUGUUGGAUCUCAGUUGCAGGAAAAAGGAUGGUAAAUAUGCAAUUGUCACCGAUAGAUGGCAGAAGUUCAGUGACGUGUCACUUGAUGCUGAAGUAAUGCAGUUUCUUGCCAACUUUGCCGACGAGUUUCUGGUUCAUGGUGUGGACGUUGAAGGAAAGAAGUUGGGAAUCGAUGAAGAGCUCGUCGCUCUGCUUGGCAACUAUUCACCGAUUCCUGUCACCUAUGCUGGUGGUGUGACUGUGAUGGAUGAUUUAGAGAGGAUAAAAACAGCGGGAAUGGAAAAUGUCGAUGUUACCGUAGGAAGUGCCUUGGACAUUUUUGGAGGAAACCUGGCUUAUGAAGAUGUUGUAGCUUGGCAUAACCAACAAAAGGUCUUCGUGGCUUAAGUAAGCAUCGUUGAAAAUUGUUGGGGGCAGGGGUGGAUGUGCUCUGAGCAAGGUUUGUUUCAUUGUUUCUCUCAGUACUAACUAACCUUGAAUCUGGUAACUUUUCCAGCAAUCUCUGAUUCCAGCAUUUUGCCUCAACCGUUAACUUGUCACGAGAUUCUUACAUGGUUAUCAUCUGCUAGUCUGCUACCACCACACUUACAUCUUUGUGAUGUAUGUGUAAGGCAAUGCAUGCACAACAAGCUUUGUGUGUUUCUGCGUAUUAAAUAACCAAUGCAGGAUUCGAGUUCAUUCACCGAAAUUUAAUUCUAUAGUUGUAAAAUGUUAUUUUAUAUUUUAUAACUAACACUUGUCAAACUGUAAUUUGAAUAAAUAUGGCAUACACACCAGUUCCUCUAAAAUCAUUUGAUCCAUUGCCUUGGUUCCUGAUUCUGGAGCAUCAGUUCAUGUGGCAAUUGAUCCAUUGCCUUUACUUCACCUAUUUAAUCAAACACUACAUUUUCAUUGAA